AUGAUCAGAGGCACUGUUGCGUGGGGCGCUCACCUAAAACCGAGUGUGGCGCAAGCUGACGGGAGGUUCAGCCUUCGCGCGAUGUCUUGUCAGACAAUGAGGUCCCACAGAGACAGAUACGGGCCUCGCAGGAAUCCAUCUGGUGGAAAGCCGUAUGAGACCGGGGUUAUACGGCGGAAUGACAAUGCUUGGGUUAGGCUGCAGGGAGGAAGCUGGAACCCGCGAUUGUCAAAGCAACGACGUCAGGAGAAUUAUGCAGAGCUAUGUCGUUCGAAAGCUGGUCAAUGUACAAGUGACAUGAAUCUCCAGCAAAGCAUGAAGUUCUCGAAAGUAGAAAAGAGAAGAAGGCAAGGGGGAGGAGGAAAAGGAUGGGGAGGAAAGAUGGAGAGCUUUCGGGACACGGAAGAGGGACUGUUGGCGGAAGGAUGUAGCAAUGAACGAGAAUCCCCAAAGAGCCAGGAAGACGCCAAAGGAGGUGAAGAAAAAGCGGAAGAAGAAGUAGGUGGAGAGAGAAGCAUAAAACCUGAUGCAGACAGACAGUGGCAGAAUGGAUACAGGAGGGAAGUUCAGGCAGGCAGGCAGGCAGAGAAUAAUAUUGUAGGUAGUGUAGUUAACUUGGUUCGUAGUAAGCAGGAGGGAGCAGCCGCGGGGAUCGUUCCUGAUUGGGUCAGGCGGAGAGACGAGCCGGAGGACGAACACGAGGAAGGCAGAGUGGCUGGAGAAGUGGCCCGUACCAUCGAUGACCAAGGUUACGGGCGGCUCUGCCGGGUGGACGCUGGUCAGAAAACCGGAAACUUUCCAACUUUCCCGUCCCAUUCGAGGCGUUGCGUAUUAAUCACCGCCGCAUGGGCUGAGCAAACUGAAAGCUUGCAGAUAAAUAGAUGCUCCUGUAUGGAGUAUAAAUAA